AUGGCACCCAUAACACUAAGCACAGUUGACAACGAGAUCAAAGACAUAAUACAGCACCUAUUCGAAAUCCAAUCCGCUGUUCAUGGGUAUCUCGGUCCAGAGACGCAGCAGGAGCUCGUCCGGAAGAUAAAAAACCUCACAACCGCCCUCUCCACCCUCUCCGUGCACACACGCGACAACCCAGCCGCCUCAAAUACCCCCCCAAACGCGGACGCAAACCCCGCGGACCCCUCACUACACUCCAUUGCGCUCCCGCCCGAAAUAAUCGACUACGUGGAUGCCUCGCGCAACCCGGACAUCUACACGCGCGAGUUCGUUGAGCUCGUGCAGCGCGGGAACCAGGAUCUCAAGGGGAAGAAGGAGGCUUUUGCGGAUUUUCGCGAUGUCCUGGCGAGGGAGAUGAGGAGUGCGAUGCCCGAGGUUAGGGGGGAGGUUGACAGAGUUAUUCAGGCUACAGGGGGUGAGAGGGAGAGGGAGCGGUGA